GUAACGGAACUUCCUCUGAAGCGGGGCGGUCACUUCCUCGAAUCUGUAACCGGAGUGAGAGGCGAGCGGAGGAGAUGCGAGGUUGCUGACAGUGAGAAGCUGAUAACUGUGGCCCAGGGAUGCAGAGCAUUAAGUGUGUUGUGGUGGGAGAUGGGGCAGUUGGAAAGACCUGCCUAUUGAUCUGUUACACCACCAAUGCCUUUCCCAAAGAAUACAUCCCGACCGUCUUCGACAACUACAGCGCGCAGAUCACGGUGGACUGUCGGACAGUUAGUCUGAACCUUUGGGACACUGCGGGUCAGGAGGAGUACGACAGACUCAGGACUUUGUCCUACCCCCAAACCAAUGUCUUCAUCAUCUGCUUCUCCAUAGCCAGCCCCCCCUCGUACGAGAAUGUCCGUCACAAGUGGCACCCCGAGGUGACCCACCACUGCCCGGACGUGCCCAUGCUCCUGGUGGGCACCAAGAAGGACCUGCGGAGCGACCCAGAAACCAUCAAAAAGCUGAAGGAGCAGAGCCUGGCACCCAUCACACAGCAUCAGGGGAACGGGCUGGCCAAGCAGAUCCAGGCCGUGAAGUACAUGGAGUGCUCGGCACUCAACCAGGAAGGAAUUAAAGAGGUGUUCGCUGAGGCAGUGAGAGCUGUCAUUAACCCAGCCCCAGUGAAAAGCAGAAAGUCCUGCGUACUCUUGUGAGGAAGGCUCCCCGUUUUGCACUCCCCUGCCCACCCUCUUCCCCCAACACCCCCCCACCCCCCCACCACUUCGAUCUGUAGCACAGUCCGGGCAUUGCGAUCUCGGUCCCAUCUCCAGUUUGUGAUUCUGGAAAGUCACCAACGCUUCUUCCAACUUGAGGAGGAUCAGUCAGAUUGAUGUCAACAGUUGGACUGGUUCCCAUUUUUCCGCUUCCUCGCCUUUCCUCCCUCCUCGCCCUCCCUCCCUCAAACAUCCAGGAAACACCCUCUCCAAAAAAAAAAAAUAACGGCUGAGUAUUUUGCGAUGAGUUUGGGAGUGUGGGGAGGGGUACUUAUUGCAGUCCUUGGCAGGAAAACUAG